GCGGGAUUUUCAGACCUACAACUAACCUUAAAUUACCGUUCUUUAUUCUUUAGGUGCUUCUAGACAAUCGGGAGAAGACGUACGUGAGUGCCACCUCGAAGAAAUUGACAUACGAAUGGAUUGCGGAGGAUAUUGUUGGUUCUUCCUAAACGGAAUCAGAGCAUGGGUGCCGUCAGCUCUGGGCUGGUUACGACACUCUCGUGCCCUUGGAGGAAGUUGAUAAUGCGCGAUCGAGAAAAUCGCCGACUUCCGGAUUUUUCCGGACAUCUACCUGGAACCGAGCAUCCUGUGGAUUACCACAAACGCUGGGUCGCCACCGUCAACAGCAUCGUCCAGAAGUACUGUCUGAUCGACCGGAACAUCAACGUGCGCAUCUUUCGGCGGCCAACCGUCGAAGACAUCCUCAAGUAUCGCAUCGUGGUGGUAACGCUGAACAUUUCGAUAGAGCUGGCCUCGCUCGAUCUGGCAAAGGGACACGUUACGCACAUCGAAGCGGCCCAGACCAUGGAGUGCGAGGCGAUCAUGCCGUUGGCGCUGGCGACGGAGAAGAUACGCAUCGUGCUGGCCGGUGACCACAUGUAAAUGUCCCCGGAGCUGUUUUCGAACUUUGUCAAGGAGCGCAAGUUGCACAGCGCCUGUACGAUCACUGUGCAAAAACUACCGAGUCCACGAAGCGAUCAUCAAGUUUACGUCGGAGCUGUUCUACGAGCAGAAGCUGAUCUCGUCCGGCAAGCAGCCGAGCCCGAAAGAACCCGCCAGCAGAUUCGCCCCCAGAUAGCACAGCUCCUGACGGCCGACCGUUGAUUCCACCGCCGAUGAAGAGUCCGGUCCAGCAGCAGCAGCAGCAACAAUAAUCAGCUGUCGGCGCCGCAAAUGCCUAAUCUCCAGCGGCCGAAGCCCUUCACAGCCAGAAUCACAUUCGCCCGGUGAUGGGCGGCGGCGGUCCCAUCCGCCCAAGUUCGUAUCGUUCAGACUGUCUACCGACUUGAUGGCAUUGAUUACGGCCCGCUUCGUAAAUGCAAAUGCCCCCUCAGCAGCAGGUUGUAGCGGCGGUGCACCAACAGCAAUCGCUGCUUCAUCAACAGCAAAGCUAGCGAGCAAUUCCAUGUCAAAUAGGGAAUCGGUUGUACCCGACCCUCCCCG